AUGACUCUGGCGAGUUUAAGACACUGCACGCAAAAGCUCACCUUUCUACUGAUAAGCACACUUUCUAUAUCAAUUGCAAUCGCUGAGAAGUUUGACGAUAAAAUUGACGGAGUCGCUGACCCCUGCACCGACGCAUCUUUAUUUUGGGGUGAUCAAGCUUUGACAGCGGACGAUGUUCGUCGUAUAUUUGGCCGCGAACCGGAAGAAGUUCUAAGCGACCUCGGACAGGCCGCCGCACACAAACGCGCCAGAAACGAGACUGCCGGCAAAGCAGAGUUGAUGAAGGAGAUCGAACAGCGCGAUCGUCGCAAGAAACGGGCAGUCACUUCUCUACCCGAGCGUAAAUGGCCUCAUGCUGUUAUUCCUUAUGAGAUAUCGAGUAACUUUACGUCAAAACAAAGAAGUAUCUUUUACCAAGCAAUGCGUCACUGGGAGCUCCACACUUGCGUUACCUUCAUUGAACAUAUAGGGAGGCCCGAAGAUCCCCAUAUUUUGUUCACUCAACGACCGUGCGGAUGCUGCUCGUUUGUAGGCAGACGUGGACUUGGUGCACAGGCGAUCUCGAUUGGAAAGAACUGCGACAAGUUUGGGAUCGUUGUUCACGAGCUUGGUCAUGUCGUCGGCUUUUGGCAUGAGCACACGAGACCUGAUAGGGAUGAUUACAUAAAAGUCGUAUAUGAAAAUAUUCAAGAAAACCAAGACUACAACUUUCAAAAAAUGCCACCAAAUGAAAUCGACUCUUUGCAAGAACCCUAUGAUUUGGAUUUCACAGCUAAUAGCUAUUUUCAAAAGAAGCUAGAGAAUAACUUUGACUCGAUCAUGCAUUAUUCUCGAAAUACUUUUGCAAAAGGUGCCUUCAUGGAUACGUUGCGCCCUAUCCCUCAGCCUGGAGUCAGCAUAAAACCGACUAUUGGGCAAAGGAUUAAGCUCUCCGACGGUGACAAGAUUCAAGCACGCAAACUUUACAGAUGUCCAUCUUGUGGCCAAACGUUACAGACUCCGACCGGAAACUUUUCGAGUCCAGGUUAUCCCUCGUAUGUCAAGCAUGAUAAGCAACUCCAUUGUGAGUGGAGGAUCUCGACUACGCCAGGCGAGACCUUGGAAGUGAACAUAUCAGAUCUUGGUUUUGCGUCAGAUGCGAAUUGUCACUACGAUUUUCUGGAAAUUUACGAUGGUCCGACGCUGAGCGACAAACUGAUAGGAAAGUACUGUCGAGACAACAUGCCAAAAAGAAUGUCUUUUACAACGACGACGCAUCGGAUGUUCGUCAAAUACCGAAAGGUUUCACGCCGUUCAGACUCAGUGGGCUUUCGAAUGGAAUACAAAGCUAUUUGCGGUGGAACAAUUAUGCUGAAUGGCAACAACAAUCAUGAAAUCGUGUCCCCGAAUAACCCGGACAAGUAUCCUCCGAAUUCGAAUUGCGCUUGGGAAGUACACGCACCUCCUGGCUACAAGAUUGGCCUUGAACUCAAUGAAUUUGAAGUUGAACAACACGAGUCAUGUACGUAUGAUUAUCUGGAGUCAGACAAUAAUGUGAAUAAAGGAGGUUUUAUCGCAAAUCUCAUUCCCGAAAAAGACGAAUGUCUUUUGAAUAAUGGAGGAUGCGAACAGAUAUGUCGCAAUAAUAUUGGCGGCUUUGUCUGUCAGUGUCAUCCCGGUUUUCACCUAAAAGACGAUGGAUUUUCAUGUGAAACUAGUUGCGGUGGAACAUUAACUAGUAAAACGGGUGAAAUCGUGUCUCCAGGCUUCCCAAAAGAAUACCCUCCGGACAAAGAGUGUCUAUGGAUGAUAGUGGCACCUUCAGAUUAUAAAAUAAUACUUACAUUCAACCAUCUUGAUAUAGAAGGGACACAAGGAGGCUGUGAAUACGAUUACCUCGAAUUGCGUUCUGGACUUCUGGAAACAUCGCCACUCCUUGGAGGGAAAAUCUGCUCAGUCCGCACAGAAAACAUGCCUUCGGUUUCAUCAACACGGAAUCACAUGCGCGUGUUUUUCAAGUCCGAUGCGUCCAUAGGCAAGACCGGUUUCAAUGUCACUUACCAACUAGACAUUGACGAGUGUCAAAAAAACAACGGCGGUUGCCACCAUCUCUGCGUCAAUGAACCUGGCAAAUAUCACUGUGCAUGUAGAAAAGGAUAUACCCUCCAUACUGACAAAAAGAAUUGCAAAGAAGAGCCCCAAUGUGGAAGUGCAUUUGAUGUAACAGAAUACCAAGACAAAUUUUACUCUCCUGGAUACAGUUCUGGGCGGUACCCAGAGAAGGCUAAUUGUAAUUGGAAGCUGAGAACAAAAGAUGGACAUCGAAUCAGAAUUAAAUGGGAAGAGUUUGAUGUCGAGCAACAGGAAGACUGCGGCUACGACCGCGUGGAACUUUCGGAGCAGAAAAGACUUGUUCAAAAAAUUUGCCGCUCCUCUCCACAUGAUUACAUUUCCAGAGGGAAUGAUGUUGACGUUCACUUCUUCUCUGAUGGUUCAAUCCAAAAAAAGGGCUUCAAAGCAGUUUAUAGAUCCGAGUGCGGUGGAAAUUACACGGUUACUGAUUCUGAGCGUGUGAUUUUUUCGCAUGCAUCAAUCGGAGACAAGGACUAUCCGACUGAUGCUGAUUGCACAUGGACAUUGAAUGCACCUGGUCGUGAUGAAUUGCCUGGAAUGGCGACGAAAGUAAAGCUGACCUAUCAAAUGUUUCAAAUUGAGGAAGAACCGACUUGUAAAUACGAUUAUUUGGAAGUGAAUUCUAUGGCUAGUGGUUUGGUCGAGAAGCGAUGCGGCGAUGGUAAGCCCUCGAGCUGGCCAACGUCGAAGCCUUUCGUUGAAAUUCUCAAUCUUCCCGUUACUCUACGCUUCCAGUCGGAUGGAACGAUCACGAAAAGAGGUUUCCAAAUUAAGUAUUCUUUGCUGCAGAGACGACGGAAUACGAUGCGACACCCCAAUGCGCGGAACUGA